UUUUUCCUUGUACAUGAAGAUGCUGUAUUAUGAUCUCCAGAAGGAUUUUGCUGCAAUGCUUUUGGAGCAUGGAGAAGAACACACGAAGAGGGAGCUAGCUAAAAUAAUACUCAAUAACCAUAGCACUGACAAGUCACUGGUUGAAGUUCUAAAGAGGCACUAUGUAGCUGAUCAUCUGUUGGGUGAUGAGCAUCAAGAGAAGCAACUUUUCAGGUGGCGCCAACGCCAUUCGUAUGUGGACAACGCUUUUAUGGAAAGGUUGAAGGAGGAACUUAUAGAAGUGGUGAAGAAGAAAGAUAUAGAAAGGUUGGAGAAGUCUGAAGCAAACAAUGCCGAUGCUGAGGCCGAAUCAAGUGCAAACGUUGGAUUAUUUGAGGAGGAUCCACUGGCUUGUGUGCUUGGCACUCCAGACAGCAACAGGAAGAUGGACAUGUUACUGGCAGCGUCGUCUCCAACAUCCUGAAAACUGCCCCCGUCUCCGACAUGCUGGAAAAUGCUGCAUUAUGAUGAAGCCUUCUCAGCGGCGUGGAGAACACUACGGUUAAAACUUCCAGGUGUGCUUGCAACUGUACUUGGCAUAGUUGCAGCCUUGCAGGUGCGUUAUGUGUGUGUGCGCACGCAAUUCAACAAAUGGACACGCGUUAAAUUCGUUCGAAAUUCACAGCAUGCUCUCGCAGAACUGUGGGCUCGUUCGCUGGAUAUGCUUGCU